AUGUGGUGCUGGCAUCCGACGCACAUCCACCCUCGCACCCCGAUCCGCGAGGAGAACUACCAUUGCUGCUGCAAGCUCGGCAAGGCCAAGAUCGGUUUCGCCGUCUUCCUCAUCCUUGAUGCUGUCUUCCUCGCCUUUUUGAUCCUCUCCGUGAUCCUCGGAACCCCCGAUGCCCGACUGCCUACUGCAAUGAUCUUCGCCUUCUGCCUCCCGAUCAUGUUCCUCGGAAUCAUGGCCCUCAUCACCCAGAAGCCCAUGUUCAUGCAGGCCUACGGAGUUGCAUACAUUGUCCAACUGGUGCUCCUCACCCUCUCCAUCCUCACCUACACCUUCAUCUACCUGUCCGACACUGAGGGUAAGGCCACCGAUUUCCCACGUGCCAACGAUGACCCGCAUUCACCGAAGCAGGUUCGAUACACCGUUAGCAUCGCCGUUGGCGCCCUGAUCUUCCUGUUCCUCCGCGGAUGGAUCACCCUCAACUACUACAAAUUCGUCAGCGACAACCCCUUCGAGGUACCGGAUGAGGAUUUUUAUGAUGAGCCUGAAACCAGCGAUCCAGCUUUGUUGAUGAGAAAGAUGGAUAUGGCACUGGGUCUGAAUCCGGGCCACUGGACGGCGGGAGGAGACAUUCAACCGCUCUUCGAACCAGAUACGGAUAAUUCGAGCCGAGAACAAAGCCUAAAUCCAUCUACUUCGCGCACGCCAAGAAAAACUAGAAAGAAGGUUGUCGUUGACGCGGAUUUUAUGAAUUGCAAUUUUUGUGGUCGGCCGAUACAGACGAAUUUCGGGAAGUAUAAGAUUUCUCGAAGCCUCGGACUGCACGCAUUUUUGCACAUGAACUGGAGGCCAUAUCGUUGUACAGUGUGCAACCAUCAGGCCAAGCAGCACGUCGGCAUUUCUUCGAGGAAAUGCCCAGAUCACCGGUGUGCGGAUCACCUAGUUAUUGAUAGGAGCAUCGAGCUAAAGAGGAAGAAGCGUGAGGAGGGUUCCGAUGCCGAGAUGCCGGGCGUAAAGCGAAGCAUCGAAAUCGCCGGAUUCCGAUGUGAAUACACAAUGCCUUCCGGGAUGCAAGAUCCGCCGAUGGCGUUCCCACAGCCUCUAUUUCCGCAGUUACAAGAACUGUAUGAUGUUCCGACCACUUCUCAUGAAGACGUCAAGCCAGAGAUAAUAAAGGAUUUGCGACCUUGCGAAGAGUGCAAGCAAUUGCGAGGAAAGCUGGCCGAAAAAGAAGCUGAAAUUGAGGAUUUGAAGCAACGCUUGGCCAUUGCCGAUGCGUUGCAGCAAAAUCGGGGCAACGAAGCGCACGAACAGCUGCUCUGCGAAAACCGAGAGCUGAAGCGGAAACAGGAGAAGUUCUUCACGCACAUUGGCGAGCUGAGCACGCAGAAUCGCUUCCUGAGCGAUGAGGUUGAUGGGCUGAUGGAACGGUUGUCGAGGAGCGAGGGAAGAAGU